AUGAUGGAGGUUUCUGUUCCUCUUGAAGACGACCACCGAGUUACGUUCCCGCCGAAGCUCUGGUGGGAAUUGGAUUUUACCAAAAUGGGCAACCCUUUCUCCGUACCUUGUGAUCCGUGUAUUGAUAAAAUCUCUAACUGGAUUGACAAGAAAGUAGGUUAUAUACAUAAUCUAGAGGAGAAUCUCAAGGCUCUGGUGACAACCAUGGAAGAGCUCAAGGCUAAGCGUGAUGAUUUGUCAAGAAGGGUCACAAGAGAGGAGGAGGAUAGACGUCAGCAAAGGCUUGCCGAAAUCAAGGUAUGGCUUAAGAGAGUUGAGACUAUCGAAAAAAAAGUCAAUGAUCUUCUUAGUGCUAGAGAUGAUGAACUCCAAAGGCUGUGUCUUUGUGGGUUUUGCUCUAAGAGUUUAAGGUCCAGUUAUCGUUACGGGAAAGAUGUUUUCUUGACGUUGAAGGAGGUUGAGGAACUCCGUAGUAUAGUUUUUCAAAAGGUUACUGAUCAAGCUGAGUCAGCUGUGAUAGAGGAAAUACAACCUCAACAGAUAAUUGUUGGUCAAGAUGCAAUGCUAAAGAAGGCAUGGAAACAUCUCAAGGAAGAUAGAGUUGGAACUAUGGGAUUCUUUUUCUUCUUUAUUUAG